AUCUAGAUGAGGGCCAGCCCCUUUCUCUCCGACGCAUCGCUUUUGCGAGAUCGGUGACAGGAGAGGCUUGGGUUUGGGAAAACAUGGCGGGGACUGAGGGCAAGGUUAUCAAAUGUAAAGCUGCUGUUGCCUGGGAAGCAGGAAAACCUCUUAGCAUUGAGGAUGUGGAAGUUGCACCCCCAAAAGCCCAUGAAGUUCGGAUUAAGAUUACUGCCACUGCUGUCUGCCACACAGAUGCCUACACCUUGAGUGGCUCCGAUUCGGAGGGAGUGUUCCCUGUUAUCCUUGGACAUGAAGGAGCUGGCGUAGUGGAGAGUGUUGGAGAGGGAGUGACCUGUGUCAAAGCAGGGGAUCGAGUAAUUCCACUUUACAUCCCACAAUGUGGGGAAUGCAAGUUUUGCCUGAACCCCAACACCAAUCUCUGCCAGAAGAUCAGGGUGACCCAGGGCCAGGGUUUGAUGCCUGAUAAGACUAGCCGAUUUACCUGUAAGGGCCAGAUGGUUUACCACUACAUGGGAACUAGCACCUUCUCUGAAUACACCGUUGUUGCAGAUAUCUCACUGGCUAAAAUCGACAGUGCAGCUCCACUGGAUAAAGUUUGUCUGUUGGGCUGUGGUAUUUCCACUGGCUAUGGUGCAGUUGUCAAUACAGCCAAGGUUCAUCCAGGCUCUACCUGUGCUGUGUUUGGACUGGGCGGAGUGGGUUUGGCAGCUAUUAUGGGAUGUAAGGUCGCUGGUGCCACUCGGAUCAUUGGGGUUGAUGUCAACAAAGACAAGUUUGCAAAGGCUAAAGAGUUUGGUGCAACCGAAUUCGUCAACCCUAAGGAUUAUGAGAAACCCAUUCAAGAAGUUUUGGUUGGAUUAACAGAUGGUGGUGUGGACUAUUCCUUUGAGUGUAUUGGUAAUGUCAUGACCAUGAGAGCUGCCCUUGAAGCAUGCCACAAGGGUUGGGGAACCAGCGUAAUAAUAGGGGUGGCACCUAGUGGACACGAAAUUGCAACUCGGCCCUUCCAGCUGGUGACUGGUCGCACUUGGAAAGGAACAGCGUUUGGAGGAUGGAAGAGUGUGGAGAGUGUGCCGAAACUUGUGCAAGAAUACAUGGCUAAAAAAAUAAAGGUGGAUGAGUUUAUAACUCAAACGCUUCCUUUUGACCAGAUCAAUGAGGGUUUUGAACUGAUGCACGCUGGGAAGAGCAUUCGAAGUGUCCUGUUGUUUUGAAGCUGACGGCAGUGCGCCAGUGCCUUACCUGUCCGGUGAAAUCUUCAAGUUGAAUAGUUUCAAAAAUUGGUUCAGAAGAACUUUGAUUUUGUUAGCAUUUUCAUAAAAUAAAAUCUAAUUGUGAUCUGUUUUAAAAAAAAAAAUUUUUAAUGAGUUCAUUGUUGCUUACUUAUUUUCUGGACCAUUUUCCAUAUUAAUCUAAUGUGAAAAUAAAAUGUUUUCUUGUUC